AGCGCACGAAAAUAGAACGGAAAAUGUGGGAAAUGUAGACGGAAGUGGCAACGCGAAUUGCAUAAAUAUUAGUUAGUUCGCUCGCGUGGGCAGUGCGCAGUGGACAAAACAUUGACUUUUCCUCCUUGCUUCGCUCAUUUUCCUGAUUAAAUAACCAGGCAGUGCCAAGUGCAGUUGUCACCUGAAAUUAGCCACAAAAUGUUGGCACUUUCUGCUCGCCACGCACUGCGGCGCACUCGAAUACUCGCCAUUCCACGCUUUUUCUCAGAUUCACGCCAAUACAGCGACAAUCCGGACAAAAGGUAUUCCGGACCAGCAGCCACUAUGGACAACAAGAGCGAGAAGGUUACGGUGAACAAGGAGGAGCUGCGCAAGCGCCUCACCCCGGUGCAGUAUCAGGUUACCCAGGAGGCAGGCACCGAGCGACCCUUCACAGGUUGCUACAACAAGCACUACGAGAAGGGCGUGUACCAGUGCAUCGUGUGCCACCAGGAUCUGUUCAGCUCGGACACCAAGUACGACUCGGGAUGCGGAUGGCCGGCCUUCAACGAUGUCCUAGACAAGGGCAAGGUCACGCUGCACCGCGACGCCAGCAUACCAGGCAUGGUGCGCACCGAGGUGCGCUGCUCCCGAUGCUCCGCCCACAUGGGCCACGUCUUCGACGAUGGACCUCCGCCCAAGCAUCGCCGCUUCUGCAUCAACUCCGCGUCCAUCGAUUUCGUGAAGAGUGCGACGCCAUCGAAGGCGGAUCCACCGACGGCCUCGUCCAAGAAAUAAUGACCGAUCUGCCUGUUAACCACAAGGAAUACCAUUACACCCGGAGGAGUAGCCCCAUAUAGACCAGCGGUAGAUGCUACUCCGGGUCUAUAGAGGGCUGCAGGCCCAGCAAAGAAAGAUAUUUAGCUAUUUUAUAGGCGUUUAUUAUGCAAAACUGUUUAACGAACAAGAAACACAUAGCUUAUACACAAGAACGAUGUUUGGAAAUGUAUCGCGGAACGAGGAGUGAGAGAUUAGUAUUGUAGAUCAGCCCAGCAGAUUCCAUUUGCUAUAUACUUUCCCUACUUACCCUAUGUAUGUUUCGGUUUCAAAUCUAUAUCUCUAUAUUAUAACUUUAUAAAGUUUAUGAAAGUUUUAUGAACGGAAAGGGGAGUCUAAAGUUCCUUGCCUUGGUUUGUGCACUCUUUUCGGUUUACAAUCACUCACUGUGUAGAUGAACUCUACUUCUCAAAAGUAUCUCCCCUUGCAUACCCAUCGUAUCUAUAGGAUAUAUUGUACGUUAAUAAAAAUUAACCCAUUUCGUAGGAGCUUACGUGCUUAGCAAAAAGUUAUGUUUGCGCAAGGUUACCAUGUAUUGGGGAUCAGACGAGGUUUCCUUUAAUUGGUUUAUAUGUUUUCCUUUCGGUUAAGUGCAAUUUUCAUAAAUAUUUCGGUUUUGAAUCUACAUAGAUCAUCGAGCUUUUUCCACAUACCAGAUCAUUAUAUACAAGGUCGAUUGGCUUUAUUUUUGGGCCAGGGCCAUUAUGUGUGUGUCUGUAUGUGUAUGGUGCUUUUAUUUUUAAAUAUUUCCGCAUAAGUGUAUUAUUUUCCGGUGAUGUAUUUGGUUAUUUUUAUGAUUUCGAUUUACGUUUUAGUUUGUUGCUUUUUACUCACGUUCAAUGGUUUUGAUUUGAAUAACAUAACCCGAAUACUUUAACCAACAUUAUAUCCAUAAACUAUAUAGAGUGUUUUAAGCAAUCCAAUAAUGUGUAUUUUCGUAUAUUUUCUAUUUCUCUUUUUUUAACUCGCUUCAAAAACAAAAAAAAAACUAAAUGUACAACGCCUGUAAACGUUUUUUGGGGGUUUGUUUUGCUAACCAACAACACGAAAACAUUUAACUCAUCGCCGAAAUUAUAACACUCGAAAACACGACACAUGAAAUGCUUAAUUAACCAAAAUAAUAUGUACGCCAAAUCGUUCGGAAAAUCAUCUAUAUUCCUGAUUCGCCAAUUUAUGUGACUUCAUUUCAUAUUGUUUCACCUGCCACCCAAUGUUAAUUAUCGCUCUCUCUCUCUGCUGCACCUCCUCCUUCGCCUCGUUCUUCGCUCUCCGAUUUGCACUCCCAUUUAUUGCCGUUAUUUCUUCGCUCUUUUCUGUGAUUCUUUCUCUGCUUCUCAUUUAUCACCCAUUUCGCAAUCAAUUUUCUCUUUCUGUUUGAUUUGUUUACAACGAAAAACUUUGAAUUAACCUUGCAAAACGAUCAAAAAAAAUAAAAAAAAUUCUAUUGUAAAAAAAAUGUCAACAAAAUGCGCUACACAACAACAAAAAAAA